AUGAUACAACGUAUGGUUUAAAAACAAUAUUUUAUCAAGCGCAUUUUGCAGCAAUUAGUUGACGAGUUUUGAAUUUUUUCUAUAUUAAUGUUAUUAAUCGCGUUUUCGGCCAUUGCAGACAUUUGAUUAGCUCAGGCCCCAAAUAUUCUUCUAAAAGCAGACGGCGGCAAGAAGGAUCUAUAAUUAAGUCCGCCGAAAGUGACAAAAAUGAAUACGAUUUUGACACAAAAUUACGAGAAUCACAAGAACAGUCUAACGAUUCUUCCGCGACCACCUAUUUCAUUUUCAGACGAGCCCGAAAUUGUGAGCCAAUUGUGUAGCAAAUCUUCAAUCGAACUUCUAACGCGCGAAAAAUGUUUCGGCUUUUUUAUCUGCGACAGUUUUGAACCUGAUACGAUCUCUGAAAACAUAAGUUCUAGGGAUUCCUGUUUAUUCAUACCUGCUCCAAAUUUCAGUAAAAUUGUUCUGAUUAAAAUCAUUCAUGAUAGAUCCGGAGAAGAUCUUGAAACCUUAAUCGGCAACCCAAUUACAUCACAACUUAAUCGACUUAACUUGACCUUCGAAAAGGAAAGAGGCGAGAAAAUUCCUGUUGCCGUGUUGAUAAUUUUUAAAGUUGAAGACCAGAAAAACCAAGCAAACAAGGUAAAUAAAACAGAUUCAAACAAAGCACCGGAAAAUUAUGCAGCAAUUCUUGAUCAAAUAAAGCAAUUUGUAAUUAAGAACGAAUUCAACAAACUUGAAAUUGAAUUUCACUUUAUUUUGAAAAACUCAGAUCCAGCUCUGGAAAGAAAGCAAAAACAAAAAUUGAAGCAAGCAUUCGCUGAUUCGAGAGAGAUUCCAAGAGCAAUUAAAGAGUCAAUUUUUGAGUUUUUGGGAAAGCGCGACAUCGAAAUCGACCUUCAAAUAACUCCGAAAAAGUUCAAAAAAAUUGGAAGCGCUGAAAUUACCCUGACAGAUUUUGACGAGGUUGUGUACAUGUAUAAAUUAUAUUUCCCAGCUAAAGACCACAGAUUAGAAAUUCUACCCAGUAUUCUGCAAAUAAAGGAGACUUUGCUGUACAAAACAGGCCAAAGAGGUGAAUUACUCGACGGUAGUGACGGAUAUAUUGGCGAGUUGAAAGAAUUUUUGGAAAGUUUUGUUGCCAAAGUUUCUAAACCUGUGGGGCUGUUAAUCAAAGCAUACAAAAAUAUGCAGCUCAAUGCAAUUCUCCAUCGGCCCUUUUUCAAUAAUCAGUUCGAUAUUGACUGGAUUUAUUGUGGACACAAAAUGAUUCUGGCGUUUGAAAUCGGCCGCACAAACUCACCGGAAAAUCCAACUACUGCAAUAUUGAAUAAACUCCAACAAGUGUUGAGCAAAUCUUUACCUACAAUGUAUUUAGCACUGCACGCCAUCUUUAGGAGUUUUCCCGAAAAUGUUUCCGGGAGUCAAGAUGACGAAGAAUUUAGUAAACGUUACUGGGAAUUUAUAAAAAGAUGUUUUCGAUUUGUUAUUUUCUUUCCAAAUUUAUCCGCUGAACAAUUUGUUGAAAUUCUCCAAACGGCAAAAGAGCCGUUUAAAGUUGGCAAGCAGAAAGCAGUGUUAUAUCGAAAAAUAUUUGGUUUGAUUUCCAGUACUAAUGAAAAUCGACUUUCCAAUAUUCUCUUUCUUUUGCACGAAGAUUUGUACUCACCUGCGAAGCCGAAAACGUUUUAUGUUGACCAAGAUCUGAAAGUUUCAGAAAGUCCUGUUCAAGUAACCGACGUUCUUCAAACGAAAGUGAACUACAGACAACCGAAACUAAAAUAUAAACAACUAGAGUUUGUUUCGGGUAUUUUCGCCCUUAGCACUUUGAUUAAAAAGGAAAUAUUUCCUUCCAGUGUUGAAAAAGCUCUUAUUCCACGCGAUGAAAAUUAUUUGCAAGAACGGAAGCGGUCUUCGAAACAAACAAAGCUUGAAGACAACGAGUCAGAUUUUCUAGAUGUGGUUUUGAGCCCACAACAACAUCGGAUUUUAUCCGAGAAUAAACGGCGAGUUUUCGUAGCGGGCGAGCCGGGUUCCGGCAAAACUGCCCUUUUGUUAGCCCGGGCAAAAAUAGCAGCCAAUGAUAGCGAGAUAGAACACAUUCUGUUCGCAGUUCCAGAAGGAAAAACAGAGUUUAAAACUUUCCUUUUAGACUUCGUUAAUAAACCUGGCCAUGAGAAACUGAAAAACAAGUUCAUGCUGGUCACUACUGAAGAAAUGGCCAACCCGAGGACAAGGGGGGUGGAUUCAGGAUGGCCUCCAUUGAAGCAGCUUCACCGGUCAAUUCUGCUAAUAGAUGAAUUAUACAUGACUUCUUCAAGUUAUUUCUCGAAGCGAGAUCAGCUUCUGUUGCCAGUAUACCUCCAAUUUCUGCCACACGUCCAGCAGUUCUUCAUCACAAAUGUGAUCGCCGGUCAGAUGCACAAACGUCAAGGUCUGACACAAAUUGUUUUACCACAUGGUUGUGUUUAUGAACCCCUGAAUAUCCUUUUUCGCAGUUCACAUCACAUAAGCGCCUUUUCAACAACUUUCAUUCACACAACCAAGUUAGUAACUAGGACCAGUGCAAGGGUCUCGGGUUGCUUCACCUCGCCGCAACCUGAAGUAACGCCUCACUACUUCUUACAGCGCGAUGAUCCAAUUUUCUCGGCGGACCCAACACUUAUGAACCCAUGUUUUGCAUCGGAUCGCCGCGCAAUCAUUUUCAGUCAUGACAAGACUUUUUGGACGGAAAAAUUCGCAAACGAACGUAGUGAUAUCUCACAUGUUUCAGUGGUACCCCCAGUUAUCGACUUUUACAAAACCCCUUACACAGGCUGCGAAGCUCUUUCAGUGCUGGUUAUUGUUGACCAUAUGCUAGAAGCGAAACAUGAUACCGAAAUGUUUAUCAUUUUAAAUCUGGCCAUAACCAGAGCCCAGUUUGAGGUCAUGAUAAUUGUGAAAGAAAAGUACAGGAACAGGAUGGAGAAAUUCAUCCGGAUACCAUCAAGACUAGAUAGGAUUUUAAUGCAUGCGGGGAACCAACUGCCGGUGGACUUGACUUUUCUGAAGACUGUUGAGUGGACCAAGGAUAUGACCUCAUUUGUGCAGAAGUUGACCCGGAUUGCAAUUCAGAGGUCAGACGAGCGUCUUUUGGGGUCUAUUCUUGACAAAGUGCCCGCAUUCAGAAUACCAUUAGAUACGAUACUAGGUGCAUUAGAUGAGCCCAAACCAGCAAAGUUUCUGGACUUCAUCAGCAAGAGACUUGGCAGCCAGAUAAGAAGUCGGGUUAACUGGAGUCUUAUUCUCCAGCGAGCCGCUCCGAGGAUCUACAGAUCUCUGGGACUAUUCAAUGUAACAGGGCCAAUGGAAAUGGGAAUUAUUGCUGGAUUCUUGUCUCUGAUGACUUGGUUUUUGGAAAUGGUGGGCAAAAAUACCUCGCUGCUUAUCGCCAAGCUAUCUGGCAAGCUUUUAUUCAGCGCAUAUUACAACGGCUCUAUAGAAGUUAUCAAUUGGACUAUAAAGUUUUUAUCUCAAUUCGAGGACUUAAACCUGGUUGAGAAAGAAGUUCGCGGUACUUACAAAUUUAUUUCUGAAGACCUUAAAUUUUUUGCCAACGACCCAGUAACUCUUUUGGUCUUGAUGGUGUCUCAAAACUUCUCCUCGGCGCCCUGUGCUCAAAUAUUAUUCGACCAUGGGUUUCCAGAUACAUUAUUGCUUCACGAGUUGUACGGCAAAAACGCACUGCAUUAUGCAAUUUGGUGCGAAAACGUUGAUUUCGUUCACGUUCUGCUCAAAUCAGAAAGACACCGAAGAAUUUUUCUGAGUGUGUUGUACAACGGAAUGACCGCAUAUGAACUUGCCCGUUCAUUCGACUUUGACGACAUUGCUGAUGAGCUUGUGCGCUAUUAUGCUUUAGUCGAAGCCACUCCAAACGAUGCCGAUGAUGAUGAACAAGUCAGUGAAACUGCCAGGCUCAUUUCACAAUAGCAGCCAAGAUUAGUAUCAAAACUUAGCUCAACAACCAUGACUGCAGUAUGCAAAUAAACGUAUUUUCAUAAAUGUAAAAUCUAUACUCAUAUUGUAAAAUCUAUGUUCAUAGUGUAAAAUAUUUUUUUCGUUUCAUUAAAAACUAGUCUUAGCAACAGUCUCCCUACUUCUUUUUCUCAAUAUUGUUGAUUGAAGUGAGAAAUGACUUUUCUCUUUUGAACAAGCAUAAAUGGUGGACCUUGCACCUACCAAAUCCAAUUUACG